AUGGUUGGUGAAUUUUUGUUGAAAAACUUUAAUAAAGUAUUCAAAAUUAUACCAUCAGAGUACGAAAAAGAGAUGAGGCUGAGUACUGAGGAACGACUACAAAGUUUAAACAACGUUAUUAUAGAUAACAUUGUUAAUAAUCGUGAAGAUAAAAAACAUGCUGUUUUGUCGUUCACACCUAGAAUAAUUAUAUUUCAAAACUUUAAACCAAAUGACAAAUAUGUUACAAAAUUUUCUGUGAAGAAUAUAAGCAAGGUCCCAACAUAUCUAAAAAUGGUUUUUAAGGAAUCUCCUUAUUUCUCCAUAAAGAUGAAUAGACCUCAACCUUUAUCAAGAUUGGCUCCUGGCAUAAGUGCUUCGUUUAUUAUCACUUUUAUACCAACGCUACUGGAGGAUUACAUCCACAAGAUAACAUUUUACACAGAUCUGGAUAAAUAUAUAGUACCUUUGAUAGGUAUGGGUCCUAGGCCAAUAUUUAAUUUUCCUGAUGAACUGACAAUUCCAAAAGCACCUUUAAAAGUCGAGAGUAAUUAUUUACUAACUAUUCGUAAUGUAGGUAUGGUUCCUUCCGGGUUUACUUUAGACACAAAAUGCCCUUUUUCCGUACAACCUAAGUCGGCCUAUCUUAACUGUGAUGAACAAAUUGAAAUUAAAGUUUCUUUUAAAACGAUGCACUUGGGCUACACACAAGAACUACUACGAGUAGUGUAUGAAACAGGUGAAAAAUUCAUAAUAAAAUUGUCCGGCACGGCACAUGCUGUAAGUGUUGAGUUAGAGAAGCAAAUAAUUAAGUUUCCCGAAACGUAUAAUGGCAUGGUGCAGCAGCAAAUAUUGAAAAUUAGCAAUAAAUCCGAUUAUGUCCUUACAUACAUGUGUAUGAAGAACGAAUGUGUUUACUAUGAUUUUAAGGAUAAAGUAAAACUCGCAACUGUUUUCUACAAUCUGAAAGAGAGUGAAGCAGCUAAAUGUGCAAAACUGGUUCGAUAUGAUGUUCUAAGCAGUACCGAACAUGAAAGAGUUUACACCAGAAUAUUUUGUGAUGAAAUACAAGCUCUAGUGGCAGACGAAACACUAUAUUUCCGAGAUAGUCAUUACUCUAUAUCACCCGUUAGAGGUCAGUUGUGGCCGAACAAGACCAGUGAAAUAACUUUAACAUUCUCUCCGACGCAAAUAGGAGAACUGGAUGCUAUAGCUUAUUUUGAUAUAGAUGGUGUUGCUGAUCGAAUUCCUUUAAAGUUAUCAGGAACUUCAUUGCCUCCAUCUAUACAUCUAAAUUUGGAGACCCUUGACAUGAGCUCUGUAUAUAUUAAUAAAAAAUAUAACUACGAAAUUAUCGCUAUAAAUAAUGGACAUAUUAAUGGUGUUAUUCUUUACAAGGAAUCAUCCACACUUUUUGGCAGUAAAAUAACUUGUACACCUGUUUGUCGUUCUCUGCGCCCUGGUGAGAAAGACAUGUUUGUUGUUUCUUUCUUAAACUCUAAUCCUGGUCCAUUCUUAGAAGAAAUCAACUUCAUCAUACGUGAUACAGACGUCAAACUUAAGGUGUUCUUGAAAGGUGAAAUUAUUUAUCCAUCAGUUAUAUUCAGCGUACCAUCAUUGGACUUUGGAGACAUUAGCUUGGGUAUGAAAAUACAACACAAACAAUUAGUAGUAGUAGAAAUUAUUUGUAAAUACUUUAAUCUAUUUUGUGAAGGUGUCCCUAAAACGUUAAUUUUAGAAUUAAUUAAUGAAUCGAAUGUACAUGUAUCGGGUGUCGUUAAGAUACCAUCGGAUGGUUUGGGAAUUAGUAGUAUCACAUUAACUGAUUAUGCUUAUGCUGAUCAUCCUAAACCAGAAAUACCGAGAUGGCCUCGAGAGUUUGAAAUUGAACCUAGUAAAAUAAUAAUGGACCCAGAAUCAAUGAUAAUUUUGAAGGUUACAUUAACGGCAAAUCUAAUAAGAUCACAUCGAACAGCUCUCGAGCUGGAGCUUGAGAAAUCCGAUAGGCGGUCUUUAACUUUACCUAUAACAUAUAAUGCGACUAUCCCUUAUCUUACACCAGCUCCUAAUAUUAACCUGAGAGCUUGUUUCUUAGACUAUCCCUAUGUUAACGUCAUAAAUGUAACGUCAAAUGAUUUUUGUGGGUAUUUUACUACAGAAGAACUUAAGCUUAAUCGUGAUACUAAAUGGGAAAUUGAACCUCGAGAAGAUUUUAUCGAACCAGAAUCUGAAAAAAAUCUUACUGUUAAUUUGUAUUUGGUCGACGCAGAGACGCAGAGUAAUAAAGCUGUUAUUCAAAUUGAAAACAUGAAAGAUAUAUUGGUGCCACUUACUGCUACAGGAGUUGGAACUAGCAUUGUAAUAGGAGAUUUAGGGGAUAGAAUCGAACUUGGGCAUCAAUUUACGAGAAUCCCAUUAAAAUACAAAGUAAAAAUGAAAAACCAAGGUACAAAAAUGCAUGUAUUGGAAUGGAGCGAACACUACAAGAUGCCAAAAAAGAAGCAGCAAGCCGUAGCCUUUUUCAACUUGGAACCUAGAUGUUUUAAAAUGUACGCGGAUGAAGAAUUGGAAUUAACUGUAACGGGAAAUUCAAAUAAAGUUGCUUUAGUUAAAGAAACAUGGUAUUUGGUAGGAAGUAUUGAGGGUAUCAAUAAAAAAGAAUUACUGUUAGAAUGUGAAGUCACAGCCGACUUUAUUGAUCCAAAAAUAGAAAUAUCUUCACCUUUAUUAGACUUUCAGUGUGACCGUGGUCCUUAUAGUGAAUUUUAUAAACUAACAGCUUCCAAUAUAAGCGAAGUUUUAUCACAAAGGUCUGAAAUAUGUUCCGUUAAAAUAACAGGCAACACGGCCAUUGCAUCGGAGGCAAUAAAAGAACGAAUCUCUGAAAUAAACAUCAAAUUGGAGAAUAAAAUAAUGAAAACUAUAGUGCCAAUGAUAGGUGAAGAGUAUUAUGACCCAAAAUUUAAAUGGAUAUCCAAACUUUCACACACAACGGAACAUAAUUAUGACCGCACUAAUGAUAUGUUACUAUUAAUACCACAUCGAGGCAAAUUAAAACCAAAUGAAAUACAGUAUGUUAAUGUGAUGUUUCGCCCUCAAAAUAACAUAAACAUUAGAGCUGUGAUUGAAUGUGAAGUCCUAGGAGGGCCAUCAGAAUUUAUAACAGUUACCGGACAAUCUUCAGACUUAAAAUAUAGCCUAAGCACACGAGAAAUAAAUUUUAAAAUUAGAUGUUUUCAAGAGAACGCAUACGAAUAUGUACGGAUAUGUAAUAAAGCAUUGUUGCCUUUUGAUUUAAAAACGUAUUUAAACGAAUCAAAAUAUGAAAAUGAGCUUAAUGCAACAAUUUUAGAAGUCGUACCGCCUGAAAAAGUAUUACAUCCCGAUGAAGGAAUAGAUAUAAAAGUUAUAAUGAGGCCUGGAGUACUAGGUUACUUCAAGAGAGUAUUUCUUUUAGAAAUUGGUCAUCAACCAAUUAUUCCGAUUGAAGUCUUUGGAUGGGGUGUUAUACCUCAAGUCUAUUUGUCGAUACCUAGACUAAAUAUUAUUGAAGACGUAUUUCCAUCUAUCAUGGAUAUCGAAAUGUCUAUUGAAAGAAUUUUAUUGAUAAAUUAUCUAAACAAGCACCCUGAAGUGUUGAAUGCUGCUGCACAAUCAACUGUCACAAGAACGAGGCCAAUUUCAGGAUUUACCUCAACACCUUAUGUUAUAGAUUUCGGCGUAGUAAUUACAGGUUCCACGGUACACUAUACGGUUGAAGCAAUAAAUUACGGUCCAACAAUAACCAAGUUACAUUUGAGCAAGAACACAAGUAUUCCCGAUUGGUUAAGUUUAAAGUUAUGCGGAAAACUGAAUCCAGGUGAAGUUGGACGAAUUGAUGUAACUUUUUCACCCACAACCGUUGGUUUCCCAGAUCCAGAACAGUGUGUUGAAACUGUAAUCAAUUUAGAGGUAACCUAUGAGGGUUUAUUAAUAUUCAGAUUCCAUAUGAAUCCAAAAAGAAUGACUAUACCUAUCAUAGGAUACGGGGUUUUACCUAAAGUUCACAUCAUUGGACCUAACAUAAGCUUCCCGCCAACUCUGCCUUGGGCCGAAACUACAGAAUACUUUUUCGGAUUGACUAACCCUUGUCCCUUUCCAAUAGAGCUCAUAAUAGCACAUAGUGAUACGAAAUGGCAAGAAGAAGAAGAAAUCUACCAACUUUUGAAUAAAUAUUAUAACAAACCAGAAGAGAUGCUUGUGCCCGCAAUAAAGCCUGGUUCCGGGCUGCCGCCUGAAAUAAGAGAAUUUUAUCAAAAAUUCAAAGAAAGCAUUAAAAAAUAUGCAGAAGAGGCUUCCAAGAUUUUUACGACGAAAACGUUGUCUGUAAAAAAAACAAAGAGUCCUAAGAAUGCAAUAAAAACUAUAAGUCAAUCACUAGAAGUGUCUCCGAGACACCACCGAACCGAAGUGGAAAUUAUCGAAGAAGAACAGUGUCAAGAAAUGGCAUAUUCAGUUGGGAAAAAACUUAACCUACCAACUUUAAGCGUUGAUUUAUGCUUCGUUGAAGCACUAUGUGUCAGUAAUUGUCAAGCAAAACAAACUUUGAAUAGAGUCAUUAAUGAAAUAUACGAAGUAUGUAAGUCUGGAAUAGAUAAAGAGGAUAUAAAUGAACAAACUGAAGAAAUAAAUGAAACAAUCGAUGAAUUUGAAACAAUGUUGGACAAAAUCAAAACUAUAACGAACAAUAAAACGCUCGCUACGCCGAAAUCAAGAGCCAGUGAAAAGAGAAAAAAGAGAUCAACAUCGUCACUCGUAUCUCAUACCGCAUUAGAAGCUAUGGGGUCAACCACAAUGUUUAAUUUGGAAUUAAUUCAAGAGCUCCUAACUGACUUUCUCGAUCAACCUAAAUUUGAUCGUGGUUUUGUGAUCGAUUCCUUAACAAGCGCGAUAUUAAGAAGUCCAUCAAUAGUGCUAACCACUAUUCUUAAAUGCAAACCCACUAUAUUAAAGAUACAUUUAGUUUUAUGUCAGUCAAACUUUAAUAAAUGGGCACAAACGUAUGAAGAAUCGCAAAAAGAUGACGAUAUAACAGAGGAAAUUAUUCAUAAAGAAUAUAGCGAUAGUGAAAUUGAAGAAAUAAUAAAUUCGUUUGAAAACAUGACUGACGAGGAAUAUGAGAACGCAAGUCCAGAAUUAAGAUCAAUAUACAUUUUGCGUGGCUUAGAGGACCGACGUAGGAAACACUACCUAAAAGCAGGGGUCCCAAAAGCAACUGUUAUGAAAGAAAAGGAUACUAAAGGUUUAACCAGCAUGAAAUCUUUAUUAGCUGUAGACAAAUCAGAGUCGAAAAAGAAAAUAAAAAAGGACGAUUUAAAAGGAAAACCAACUAGCGAAUAUUUGGCGAUGAAUAUAAAAUAUAAUGAUUAUUAUAAAAAUAUACACGAAAAUCUAAUAAACAUCGCAAAUAACUGGAUCGUAGAACAGUGUGACUUGGGUUCUCCGUUAAUUGGACUUAGCGGUCAAGUCGUGGGGCAAAAUCAGAAGAAAUCUAAAAAGAAGUCUGAACUACACUUACAGGUGUCUGAAGUAUCUUUUACUGAAAGAGGUUUUCCAUUGACACUUAUUACCUGUCCUUGUAUUAAUUAUAAAGAAGCCGUCGUGAACAUGUUUGCGUCCUCGCCUUCACUUCAGAAUGCUUUAAGAAAAACAGAGAAAAGUGAUAUUUUUAAACAUCCAAUCCAAAAAAAUGAAUUUACCGUUUUACUUCCGAAAAUAUUUCCAGUUAUGGAAGAGGAAGAGUCACUUAAAUGGGUUUAUUUAGAUGAAAUGCCAAUAAAAAAAUGUGAAUGUAAUUUUAUUAACGAUCUGAAUGUACUGGAUGAUUUAUGUCAAGAUAAUGUUCUCAAUAUAUUAUCUAAGUGGAAUUGCAGUUGUGGUAAAAAGGUUAUUUCUUCACAAACUUCUACUACUGAAUUCUUGCCGACGUCUUCGGAAAUGAUAUCUACUGACGAUAGCAAAUUGGACAUAACACCUUAUCCUUUACCUUUGUAUAAAGUAAAAUCGAUUAUUAAUCGAGAAGAACGUAUAAUCUUACAAACAGGAGAUUUAGUACGGUGUAAAUAUACAUUUAGUCCGAAAGUUGAAGGAAAGUUCAAUGUGAAACGAUUCGUUCAAGUCAACGGUUGGCCGGCGUCACAGGUGGUUGUCAACGUUACUGGAAUUUGCGACUUACCAAGAUUAGACAAUCGUCCGAAAAAAAUGUUUAAAAAUUUUGUUAGAAGACAAAUCGAAGACAAUGUGUACAAAGGAACGUAUUUGGAUGAUGUCAAAGUAUUUCAAUUUGGUCCAAUUUUCAUUGGCAAUAAUCGAAAAUAUGAAGAAAAGUACGUCGUUGAUUUAAAGAAUGCUUCGUUAAUCACGACAGAUGUUGAUAUCGAAUUUUUACAUGAGUCUGAAGUAUUUCGUAUUGAUAAGAAGAAUAUAAAGUUAGAGCCGGAAUGUCGCGGGAAGCUAAUAGUAUCUGCUGCUCCAGCAGUAAUUGGAGAGCAUAAAAAUGUUCUGCUAUUUUGUAUUAAAAAUAAUCCAGAGAUAGUCGAAGUGAACAUUGCUUGUAGUGGAGUUGUGCCAAUAGUAGAAAUAUUACCGUCGACUAAAGUCAUAGAUUAUGGCAAACAUCUUCUUUAUCGGCGUGAGGAUGACAGAUUUAUUGUCAAAAACGAUUCCAUUUUGCCAAUUAUGUGGAAAAUUAGAAACGCGAAUGAAUUUCUAGAAAACUUCAUAAUAUCCCAGACAUCUGGUGUAAUACCAAGGCAUCGGAAUCAUGUGGUUCCUGUAACGUACUUAGCCUGCAAAGUAGAAAUUAUAUCAAAUAAAAUAUUGUUAAUCGAUAUUUACGAUUCAGAGGGCAGAGGAGAUCCAAUGAUAGUUGAUUCGCUGUAUCUUUCUGCCGAAUGUUAUGAUGUUAUGGUAGAAUGUGCUUAUGAAAACAUGGAUGAAAAUUUACUUAACUUCGGAAAUGUUAAAGUCAAUUUAACAGUUGCACGUCAGAUGUAUCUAUUCAAUCGUGGAAAAUAUAACAUUUAUUACAAGUUGAAAAAAGUGAAGAAUUUCCCGGAGCCAUCAUUACUAAAAUCUUUCGAAGUCACUCCAGAGUGUGGCGUGUUACCUGCAACAACAAAACUUGUUACCGUAGAAUUUGAAUGUAUGCCCACUACUUCACUGAAUUUGGUCAACGUGCCGGUGUAUACCUGCUCUUUAUUAGACGAUAGCAGAAAACAGACGAUUGUUGCGAAAUUUCCUAUUUGUGUGACAAUAGCAUCGUUUUAUAACACUUUUACACUUUUUCCUUUGGGCGAAUUGAAUUUUCAUGUCAUACCAGUAGGCGUAGGCGUUUUAAGAGAAGUUAUUCUUAACAACACAAGCAAGUGCCCAUUUACAUAUGAAAUUAUAUUACCGUCUGAAUAUCAAGUAGGUCCUGAUAAUGUUCAAUCUACUAAAGGAAAGGAUAAUAAAAUAAAAAAUCCUCCACUAAAUUGCGGAAAUUUUGUUAUAAUGAACGAAGACAACCUUCUAGCUCCUUUUACCAGCAGAACUAUUCAAAUACAAUUUUUGGCAACGGCUGCAAAAACAUUCGAAGAAACUAUACAUUUUGUUGUCAGCGAUACUUGCCCUGCUGAAGCUAAUGGUGUUCCACUUAAAUUGGUUGGUACAGGAGCUAUACCAACACUAGACUUUUGGAAUCUGGAAACCACGUUUAGAGAACAUUUAAUUGUUAAAAAUAUGUCAGAAUAUAAAGUACCAGAGCCUUCACCCCAUUGUGUCUUUGUGGAAGACACAGUUACUCUUCACUUCUUUGGCGUAGUUGUAAACACCAAUUAUAUUGGAGCUAUUGAUUUGUACAACAACGGCUUAGUACCAUGCGCUUUAAAAAUAAAAUUGCAUUACCAGGCAAAUUCCAAUCAAGAAAUAUUUUCCUUAGAUAAAUAUGAGACACACAUUGAACCAUUGAUGCACAAGAACUUAAAUAUAAUUUUCAGUCCAAAAGCUUUAGAGGUAUACAAAGCCGUUUUAGAAGUUAAAUUGAAAAAAGUCGAAAGUGAAGAGCAAUCUUUUAGAAUAUGUUUGAUAGGUGAAGGGGUCAUUCCCAGAAUUCGCAUAAUAUAUCCACAAAUCAAAAAAGAUAAGCAUACUUUACUAGAAUUUCCAGUAACUUGUUUGGGUUCUAUUACUAACAGACAAAUAUCUUUCAAAAGUAUAAGUUCUAUUAACGUUAUGGUUAUAGUGGAUAUUAUUCCAUCGGUUAAAGCAGAUAGACCGUUAUUUUGGCUGACAGCUGAACCUGAUACGGACCACAUAGUUUUGAACGGAAAUAAUGAUAAUGUAAAUAUCACACUAAAAGUGACCAUGAAGCCUAGUGAAUUAGUGACGCUAACUGUUCAUUACAGUCCAUUAGAAAAAGGCAAAACAAACUGUGAGAUCAAACUUACAGUUGUUAAUAAUCCUUUCGAAAAUUAUACGAUAUUGUGUAAUGCGGAAGCUUUUAUGGAAGAUGUUAUCCUAGUGGGGCUAGAAAUGCUUUCGAUGGACGUUGAUUUGGAAACAUAUAAAAUGCCCGCAGAACGGUCUACAGCUUCUACAACUGAUACCAGAAAGAAGAACAAGUCUGCACAAUCCGAUAAAAAGAAAUUAAAAAUCGUCGAUUCUAAGAAAAGUAAAAGAUUUUCACAAGCAUCUAUGAAACAAAGUGAUACAUCUUUCAUGGAUCAGGCACCAACUAUUCUUAAAUAUUUAUUAGAUUUUGGCGGAUGUGAACUAUGCUUAAUACAGAGAAGAUCAGUAAUCAUGGUCAACAAUUCUGAAAAGGUUUAUAAAUUUUCUUGGAUAGAAUCUGACAAUAUUAUUGUUCGACCUUCUGCAGGUUACAUUUCUCCAGGUGAAGAGAAAGACUUGGAAGUAAUUUUUUAUUCUGCAGAACCUGUUGAUAUUGAAAAGGAAUUUGUAAGCUGUUUCUUGACUGUUGUUAGCGAUAAUUCCCUAACAGAAAAUUCUAGAGAAAUUACGUGGGAUACUCGGCAAACUGUAACUUUAUUUAAUCGCAACAGAGAUGUUAACCUUAACGAAAGAUGUGAUAUUACGGUAGAAGAUCAAAUAAUAUCACCAAAUAACGAACCAUUUAAUGAAAAUAUCUCCAUUGUUAUUAUCUAUUCAGUUAAAACGGAAUAUACUAAAUAUGAAUGUGAUUUAGAGGAUGAAAAAUUUUUACAAGAUACUUUUAUAUAUCAGACACGAUGUUUUAAUUUUGAAGUAAAAAACGUUGGAAGAGUACCCAUGAAAAUUACAUGGAGUUUCGUUAUUGACGAUGAAUUCCCUAUUAGAAUAACGAAAUCCAAAUUAAAGGAAGAUGCACAAAAAGUGACAGAGUCUUCGGAGAGUACCGAUAACACAGCAAAUGAAAGAGAUUCCGAAAUACUUGCAAUUGAGAAAAAUAAUGAAAAUUCAAACAGUGGUAAAAAUAAUUUAAACAUGAUUUUAGUAAAUCACAAAAAAACUAUUAUUUUAAAAAUGAUAACUAAGCUAAAUAAUUUAGAUCCUUAUGAUCAAAAUAUAACUUGCAAAAUUACGGCAAAAUCACUAAUUCCUUAUGUUCAUUUGGACAUAGAGGAGAGUGAUUACCUGACGUCUGGUAGAAGAAAAGCGACUGAAGUAGCUUUGCCUGAGCUAACAACCGUGCUAGAAUUUAAAGUGCUCGGCGCCGGAUGUUAUAAGAAAUCAUUUAACGUUAUCAACCCAACGACUCAGUCAUAUGAAUUUAUAUUUGAGGUGGUAAUGACUGAAGAACAAGAGUUCGUUCCUGUGCAUUGUAACAAGUUGAAAGGUUACGUGGAAGGCGGUACAUCCACUGAAGUUGUUUUUACUUUUUCACCACCAUCUCCUGGGGUUUAUGAAUCACAAUGGAAGUUUAAAAUUCCUACCCAUUCGUUGGUGAUGAAUUUGUUAGUGGUAGGUUUCAUAAGAGAGCCAGAUGUUGAGUUUGUCCCGAAAAUUUUAUUAUUAAAAAACUCGUUAGUCGGUUUCACAAGUGAAACUGUCGUAAGAAUAAAGAACAACGAGAAUGAAAGUCUCGGUUUCGAAUUCAAAGGGAACUCAUUAUGUGACGAAUCUGGUGAGACGCCAGUGGUGAUUUAUCCGGAGCGCGGAAUUUUAAAACCACAUUUUGAGACCCCUAUCAAAAUUAGUUACACUCCUAUACAAGACGGGCCGUUAUCUUUCAAGAUUUUUUGCGGCGUUAAACAUCUCACAAAGUUACUAACGUUAUGCGUAAACGCAUUGAGCUUAUCGAUAAAGCCAGUAGUGACCUAUUAUCUUAUUGGUAACGAGCAUAUCCUAAAGAGCGAUGCUGUCACGAAUAUUCAUUUGGAUAAGACAGCAUCAACCUACAAAAGAACAAUACCAUUCACAAUAAAGAAUGACGGAUCGGCGACGAUUUUCUUCGACUGGCAUUAUUCCAGUACACCCGUUAAGAAAUAUCUAGAAGUGAACGUAGAGCCCAGAAUGGGACACGUAUCGCCCGGGAACGAGGUGGAAUGCAUUUUGUAUUUUCAUCUAAUAAAAGUGCCCGUGCGUGCAUUUCCCGUCAGCUUGUCUAUCACAGAUGGCCCUAGAUAUAACAUGUAUCUUUAUGCGGAAAUAGAAAAGCCUUCGUAUCAUUUCUCUUGCAAGGAAUAUGACUUUGGAAUGUGUUUUGUGAACGCUCCUGACUCCACUUAUAAAAAAAAUAUUGCGUUUGAGAACGCUGACACCGUGCCAUUGACCCUGGAUUUAAACUUCUCGAACUUACCGGAACUUUACGUGGAGUACUACAAGGAAUCGUCUGUUCAACCGAACCAGCGCCUAAAAAUAUCUAUUUAUUUUCGGCCAAAGGACGUUAAAAUGUACGAAUUUAAAUUACAAUUUUGGGUGAAUUCACUUUGCGAAGAGACCGUCGUUAUAAAAGGAGAAGGAAUUCCUCUACUAUUCGAUCUAUAUGAUGGGUGUCAAAAAAGCUUCGAUUUAGGUCCUGUUAAAGUUGGUGACAAGAUAGUGCGACAGAUCGAAGUUAUGAAUCAUAGCAAAGCACCCAUAGACGCUAGUUUUAUUUUUAGAGACACAUAUCCUGCAGUAGACGACACCAAUGGCUCUGAAGCAACAAGCAUAUGUUUGAGCCCCGGCGUGAAUACUAAAGAAAGCGAACCUGGAAAAGCAAGAGUAAAAAUGCUACAAAAUUACAAGGACAAUAAAAUUAAAGAACAAAUCGCCUUAGAUGUACAAAAUGCAUUAUCAUCGUUAAAAGUCGUACCAAAUAAAUGCACAGUACAACCUUAUCGGAAAGUUCCAUUGAAAAUACAGUUUAAGCCCAUUGGGCUGAUAAGCACCUUAAAUGUUCAGGCUAGUUGCAACAUUGAAAAUUACGUGCCUUUGGAAUUAGCAUUAUAUGCUACAUGCGUCGACACGGGGGCUUUUCAAAACAAGACAUUAUACAUGGAAUGUCCUGUUAGGGAGACUCAAACAGACCACAUUGUUGUUACAAAUCCAACGGACGAAAUGUGGCUGGUGCUAUCAGAAGUUUCAGGGGAAUCGUUUGAAACGCUCAAAGAGUUUAACAUAGAAGCAAAUACAACAUUCGAAAUACCUAUACAUUUCAAACCAAAAUCGUUUGGGAAGCAUGAGGGUCAAGUACUAUUCUCGCCUCUCGGAGAAAGCGCGCUUUUCAUUAACGUCGUUGGUAUUGCGACACGUCCCAACCCUAAUGGAGACAUAACAUUAACCAUAAAAGCAAAAGACCCGUAUACGGAAGAACUAUUGGUCUAUAACAUCACAGAGGUGAGAUUCACAAACGAGAAGACGCGCGAGUACCAAUUCUACAAUAUUGCAAUACUGGUGACACCUAGCGGAAUUAUGGGAACAUUAACAUUCGAAUCGCGGGCGCGAGAAUCUGUUCAAAAAGAACUUUCCAUUUCUAAUCCCCUUGCUGAAGACACAGAGUUUAAUAUUCAUUGUGAACAUCUUGAGAGUCCUGAUAAACUCAUGAUCAGCAGGAAUUCAAAGGCCACAUUAUCUAUGACCUACUCACCUCUUGUGGUUGGAGUAACUGAAGAGUACCUAGAAGUGUCCAACCCGUUAGUUGGUACAUAUUUGUAUAAAGUAAUACUUAAAUGCCUACCAGCUAAGGAAAAGAAUCUAGAGUUUACAACGCCACUCGGAACAUCCGUUCCUCUACGGCUGAGGGCGCAUAAUAAGACUGAUACUAGAGCAGAGUUUACAGCUACGGUUUCACAUCCAUCAAUAAUAGUUGAAAAAGAAUACGCAUUGGAUCCCUUCGAAAAAGGUAAAUUUCAAGCUUGGUUCGAGCCAACUGAAAUUGGACGCCAAGUUUGUAGAGUUUCUUUAAAGUCAGCGAUCGCUGGAGAGUUUGUUUACAAUAUACAAGGAAUAGCUACAGAACCGAAACCCCAAGGGCCUUACGAAGUGAAAAGUGGGGGAUCCACGACGAUAAGAUUUAAGAAUGUAUUUGAGGGCGAUAGAGUAUUUAAACUAAGUGUGGACCGAAAGGAAUUCUAUGUGAAAUCUUCGUAUGAAUCACUGAAACCAAAAAAGGUAUGA